AUGGCUGAAAAGCUGAAUUUCUUCAGCCAGAAAAACAGCCCUGGAGAACGGGCCUCGCAAGCUGAAAUCCAAGAUAGCACCAAUACACCAGACGUGGAUGACUCCUUGGCCGCUGAAUCAGUGACUCAAACCUACCUGACACAAGCCCUAGAAGUGCUAUCCAGCAAAUUGAUCUCAAGCUGGCAAUCCUCGUUCAACACCCUGAGGCACGAUAUCCAGGAUCUGGGGUCCAAAACAUCUCACAUGGAAAGCAAGCUAGACGAAUGUGCCAUGGCACACAACGAUCUAGCGACCCACGUGGAAGAGAGAGAGCAAAAAUAG